UGUGACGUCACGCCGCCCCGCUCUCCAUCAUCAUCAUCAGCAGCAGCCACCAACUCAGCCAUCAUCAGCCGUCGCGAUGCCCAUCGAAAACCUGGAGGAGGAGGGCCUCCCCAAGAACCCCGACUUGCAGAUCGCGCAGUGGAAGUUCCUGCUCAGCUUGGACGAUCACCGGGACGACGAGGCGGUGAAGACGCAGCUCAUGGACGCGAUCAAGCGGCACGACAUGGCGCCAUUCUACGAGGAAGUCUGCCGUGAUCUGAAAUGGCGCCCGGACGCGCCGCUCCUCGCCCGCAUGCGCGCGGCCAACGAGGCGGAGUUGGCGCGGCUGGAUGCAGCGCUGGAGGACGCCGAGCGCAACCUGGGCGAGAGCGAGAUCCGCGACGCCAUGCUGGCACGUGCAGAGCACCUGUCGCGCAUCGGGGACAAGGAGUCGAGCCUCACCGCCUUCCGCAAGACGUUUGAAAAGACGGUGGCACUGGGCCAUCGCCUUGACAUCGUCUUCUACCUCAUCCGCAUCGGCCUCUUCUACCUUGACAAUGACCUCAUCACGCGCAACAUCGACAAGGCCAAGAGCCUCAUAGAGGAGGGCGGUGACUGGGACCGGAGGAACCGGCUGAAGGUGUACCAGGGCGUGUACCUGCUGGCGAUCCGCGACUUCAAGGGGGCUGCCGAGCUCUUCCUGGACACAGUGUCCACCUUCACAUCGUACGAGCUGAUGGACUACCGCACUUUCGUCACGCACACCGUCUACGUCAGCAUGAUCGCGCUCGAGAGGCCCGACCUGCGCGAGAAGGUGAUUAAGGGUGCGGAGAUCCUGGAGGUGCUGCACGGACUGCCGGCCGUGCGCCAGUACCUCUUCUCCCUCUACGAGUGCCACUACGCCUCCUUCUUCCAGUCCCUGGCCAAAGUGGAGCAGGAGAUGAAGGCCGACCGGCUGUUUGCGCCGCACUACCAGUACUACGUGCGGGAGAUGCGCAUCCUGGCCUACAGCCAGCUGCUGGAGUCGUACCGCUCGCUCACCCUUUCCUACAUGGCACAGGCGUUCGGCGUCAGCGUCGAGUUCGUCGACCAGGAGCUGUCACGGUUCAUCGCGGCUGGGAGGCUGCACUGCAAGAUCGACAAAGUGAACGAGAUUGUGGAGACAAACAGACCAGACAGCAAGAACUGGCAGUACCAGGAGACGAUCAAGAAGGGCGACUUGCUGCUGAACCGCGUGCAGAAGCUGUCUCGUGUCAUCAACAUGUGAUAUCCAUGUGUUACACACUCGCUGUGUGUUGUACACUCACUCGCGUUGUUACACACUGGCAUGUAUUACACGCUGUGUGUUACACAGUAACAUGUGUUACACACUCGGUGUGCCUGACACACAGGCUCGCGUGUGUUACACACUCGCUCGGGGAUCUGGGAGUCUUCGGUUUUGCAUCUUGGUUGGCGGGGAUGACGGGCGGUGCUGGUAACGACCACGCAGCCAAAACAACGGCGCUUUUAUUCUGGUAGACACCGAGGUUGUGUGUCCUGGGUAUGUCCGACACCAGGUUGUAGCUUCGUGAGAAGAAGUGUGUGGCUGUCACGCUACGCUGUGUGGUGGGCAGUAGAGGGCAGUGUUAACAAUUUUUCGCUGCUCUGUACUAUUAUACUAUUAGACUACCACGUCUAUGCUCCCUCCUUGAACCCGUACUGAGCAGCGUGGUAAAGUUUGGUGAAAUAACCUCCACGACCUGCAUGGCGUGGGGAGGCUAACCAUCCAGCAAUGAACUGACAUGGGUUGUACGUGUGCAAAGUUUCAGUAAGGUGAUGUUACUAUUGACAUUUUAAAACGUGAGGGCAACCUCACUAGAGUGCCAUAAUGACGCACUUGACUGCAACUUUCACACGUCUUUUUUUAUUAACAAAGCUGCAAGCUCAUGUGGGACAGCCCAGGACACACAGCCAAGGUGUGUAGUUACUAGAGAAGAGCUGUAUUGAUGUAUUUCAAUUGUCCGAUCGCCCCCAUGUAACAACCACACAGCCAGCUGCCCCGCGCAUAGCACGGCAUUUUGGGCCGUCUCCCAUAGUGCCCUGCAACCAGUGGUGUAGCUAUCGAGUGUGCAACUGCGCCAGGGCCCACGGGAUGGGCUUCGAAGAGGGGUGGAGGUAUUUGGACAGAGGACACACGAUUUCAUUCCUUGCACCAAGGCCCAUGCCAACCACACUAUGCCACUGCAUGUAAACUAAACAUCUGUGCAGGUGAUUUUAGAACUGCGCUCCUCGUACCCAAAACCACCUUUGCGUGUUUUUGCCACGUGCAACUUUGCUGAAUCGCGGUGAUUAGUAAACGCGGAAUGAUGGAUGGGGUGUGUGGGGAGGAACAAAAAUGGAGGUGUGAGAAUCCGCGCAAGGGAAAGUGCAGUGUGCAAGUGUCACGGGCCCUCAGUAGAGUUCCUCGUUAAUGAAAACGUGCAUUAACGAAGGCAGCUGAUUAGGGGUUCAGCCAAAGGGGUACAGGGUUUGGGAGCAGGGAAUAAUCGGGCAACCUUCUCCAAACAUCUCCCCACUCGUGUCCACUCAUUUUGUUUUGAUAAUAUAUUGCUGUUUGUUUGGAAAACACGUUAAAAUAAAAAAAACAAUUCGUUUAA